CAGAAUGAGUUUCUAAAAUGUUAACAAUUAUUGAAAAUGGAUAAUGUUACACGUCAAGCUGAAGAAAUAGAAGCUAUUUCAGCGAUCUACGGUGAGGAUUGGCGGGUUAUCGAUGAAUAUUCAAGAGUAUUUUCGUUCAGUGUUACAGAAUCGAACCAAAAACUUGUUUUUCGUUUGAUGCUUCCACCUAACUACCCGUCAGAAAAUGCCCCAGAGUUUACUAUAACAGCAAAAUACGCUAAAGACUCCGAAAUACGGGAAUUGGAACUCAAGCUUAAACACAUCUACAAUGAGAAUGUCGGAGAGUGUAUACUAUUUCUAUGGAUUGAAGUAGUGAGGGAUUUUUUUCUGGAAAUUUGUGCUGCUCAAGGAACUAGUGAUACACCACCAUGCGAGGAUAAGGCAUGUGUCACUCAAAGUGAUGUUGUUCCUGUAAUAAAGCAUGGGGAGGCACUCACAGAUCGCAAAAGUACAUUUCAGGGUCAUCUUGCUGAAGUGCACAGCGCGAACGAUGUGAAAUUAGUAAUUUCUAAACUUUUAAAAAACCGCAAAAUAGAACAUGCCACUCAUAAUAUUUCUGCUUACCGUAUUUUUGAUGACGAAAAGUCUGUUUUUAUUCAAGACUGUAAUGAUGAUGGUGAAACAGCAGCUGGAGGACGGAUGCUUCAUUUGAUGCAGAUUCUUAAUGUUAGAAAUGUGCUUGUAGUAGUUAGUAGGUGGUAUGGUGGAAUUCAACUUGGACCAGAUAGAUUUAAACAUAUUAAUAAUGUUACAAGAAGCGUUUUGGUACAAGAAGGUUUCGUUAAUGAUUCAAACAAAGUUAAAAAGAUGAAAAAUAAAUAGUAGAUAUUUUGUCUUUGCAUAUAUUUCUACUAGUUUAAAAAUAAUAGCUAACAUAUUUUAAGUAAUAAAUUUUUGAUCACCUUAAAACUUCACACAAAACCUGAAUCCCAUGCAAAAAGAGUUUUUAUAACAUAAACUCACAAAAACUGCGAAAACCUUUUAACCUAAAUUGCAAAUGCAAUGACUUGAAUUUUACUACAUUAAAACAUAUAUUGG